UUAUAGGACGGUGAGCAAAGUGCGGCGAGCCGAGUUUCCGUCAAGUCGGCCGGUUAGAAAAGAGCGGAGCUCGUUUGCGCGCGCGCGCGCCCCUGGAUACGUUCCUUGGCAGUGACCGAGAGUGUCCUGGUUUCCGUGCGCCGGUGCUGCUGGUGGAGAAACGCGUCGCGAUCAUCCCUUGGUCCUCCGUAACGUCGCCUCAUCAUGGACACCCAUAAGAAGGAGAAGAAACACAAGGAGAAAAGGAGGAGCAAUGAGAAGAGGAAGGAGAGAUCUCGCGAUGCAGCACGCUGCAGACGUAGUAGAGAAACCGAUAUCUUCACCGAACUCGCGGCCGCGCUUCCGGUCGCGCCGGAACAAGCAGCGCUCUUAGAUAAGGCCAGCGUAAUGAGGUUGGCGAUUGCCUACCUUAAAGUUCGAGCUGUUGUGGAUUCCAUUCCAGUUACGUUGACAAAAUCUGAGUCGUCCGCAAAGAUGGAUGAAUUAUUUCCAAAAGCUCUCAACGGCUUUAUGUUAGUACUCUCCGGUGACGGCAAUAUGGUCUACCUGUCAGAGAAUGUCAAAGAUUAUCUCGGAGUGUCACAAAUGGAUAUGAUGGGACAAAGUGUAUACGAAUACAGUCAUCCCUGCGACCAUGAUGAAUUGCGCGAGUGCCUAUCUUCGAAGUCGACGGAUAACAAUGAGAAACGUACCUGCAAUUUCUUCUUGCGGUUCAAAUGUACCCUCACUAGCAAAGGCAGGAAGGUCAAUCUGAAAAGUGCUUCUUACAAGGUGAUUCACUGCACCGGCAGGUUGACAAACAUCCGCGACUCAAACUCGAACUCUAUGGAAGUUGAUAAUGAAGAGCAAAGCAAAGAGGAUGAGGACGCGGGACAAGACACAGACAUUUCUCUGGUGCUUGUAGGUAGUCCCAUACCACAUCCCAGUAAUAUUGAGAUACCUUUAGGACGCCACACCUUUUUGUCGAAGCACAGUCUCAGCAUGAAAUUUACUUACGCUGAUGAAAAAUUGGCCGAAUACUUAGGCUGGAGCUGUGAGGAGCUAAUGGGUCAAUCUGUCUUCGAGUUUUAUCAUGCACUCGACAAUCUUGCACUGGACAAGUGUUUCAAAUGCCUGUUUAGUAAGGGCCAGUGCGAGACCGUAGCGUACAGAUUCCUUGGCAAGCGAGGCGGCUACGCCUGGGUUAUCACCCAGGCCACCCUCAUCCAUUGCUCCAAACAGCAGAAGCCGAUCUCCGUCGUUUGCGUCAAUUACAUCCUAAGUGGGAUCGAGCACGAGGAUGAGGUAUACAGCGUGCGCCAGCUGGCCACGCGUGACAACGACGCCAAUUUGGUGAAGAUAGAGAAACCGUUGCCGAUCCUCUUGCCGACUGGUAGUACCGUGUCAACGACGGAUUCGUGCGAGAUAUCGCUGAACGACGAGAAGAUUCCCAUAGAGGAAUCAACCGUCGACGACGAGCCCAGGAGCGACGAUCGACCGCUCGCCGUCACCGCGUCGAUCUUCCGUUCAAUCGACGAAAAGGGCGACUGCAAAGACGAUUCGCAGAAGGACGGUGUCUUAUCGAAGCACGCCCAGAAAGAGAAGGCAUUCGUUUUUCUCGAAAAGGCUCUCAAGGAGUCCCUGGAGGAAUCGAUUAAGGAAUCGUUGAAGGAAAACGACGUGCCGACAACGGUAAACCGACAGGACUGCCGACAGUCCUUUGCUAAAAAGGCACCCUUCAUAUUCCAGGGUAAAUCGACGGUGGUAAGCGAUUCAUCAGACAGUGCUGAACACCGUGAUCGUCCCCAGUCAGUCACGAAACAUCUGUUCGCGCCACUUGCGGUUACCGUGCAACAACAGGAACAGCAGCAACAAGAACAAGAACAGUCACAGUUAUCCUGUCGUCCGCAAACGGCCACAGCGAGCAUUUUCGCGCCUCGUACCGAGGACAUGAACAAGGGCUUUUUGACUUUCAGCGAGGAUCACCCGGGUCUCACCAUGUUGAAGGACGAGCCGGAGGACUUGACGCAUCUUGCACCUACAGCUGGAGACGUGUGCGUGCCUUUGGAGGACACUCCCUUUUUGUCAGAUAUGCUGGAUGAGUUUAUCUUCGGCAACGACAACUAUGGCUGUCCUCUGUUGAGUCCGGGCGACACUCUGACGCCGGAGUUACGUUCCGCAGAUCUCUCGGGAUCCCUCAAAGAUGCGGAUCUCGUGGACACUACUACCAGGACCAAGAACGCAGUCGAUCGUUUAGCCGAUAGUGAUCCCUUCAUGUACGGCGACUCGCCUGGAAGUCCCUGUGGCAUCGACCCAAGUACUAUGUCGCCAUCCCUUUCGAAAUACCGACAAAGUCCUGAGCGCAGCGUGGACUCAUUAGGUAGUCCCAUAGGAGGUAGUGGCGGCGAUGGACUUUCCGAGGACGAGAUGCUUAUGUUAGGUAUCAGCGAUAGCAUAGGGGAUGAAGAAUUAGCGCUCAGAGCACCCUAUAUUCCGAUGUCGGACCAAGACGAGGCAUUAGAGUUCCUUAUUAAUGAUAACAUGGUCAUGUGGAGCUCGUCACAAUCUGCUGAUAAAGGAUCCUCGAAAUGGUUACUUGACGAUCGAGAGCAACGUAAUUCCGAAUCCAGUCUGGUACAAUUACUGCGAACUGAUCAAGCAGUAUCGCGGCGAUACAACGAUCACGGUGGAGGUUUACUAAAUCCGACGCAGAUACUGGGACAAACGCCUAGAAAAAACAUACUUUUCGAAUCUGAUCGAUGGUCUUCUAAUCAAGAACGUCCCAAUAAACGCAUUCACUCUGGACUUAAUAUGGACUCUGAAAACGGAUAUAAGCGUCUUAAGUGUGAGAACUCGACAUUCGAGCGUAUAAAUCUUGAAGAUACUUUGGUGACGAAACAACAGCGGUUAUCAACAACGCUUCAUAAGAAAUCGCCACCGACUCUCGAUAAUACCUGUGGUAGCCAGCUUCUACGUCGCCUCGUCUCGUCACAGAUGCCAAGUAUCGUGUCACAGGUGGCAACUUUGCCCGAUAGUAAUAGCCAUAUUCGCAGUGACAACGAACGUCAUCGCGAGGACUUUUCAAAGCAGCGUGAUCGCGACCUCGACGAUAUUAUCAAUUUUGUUGAGUCGGAGGGUGACCGCGGUGGGGGAGGAGGCGGAGGCGAAAAUCACGGCGGUAUUGGUGAUGGCCUAGACAAGAUCGCAACAAGUCGGAGAAGGAAUCCUUGCAGCACUGGCGGUAGCAGUGUGCUAAUGAAUCUCCUGGUUUCUGGCUGCGAUGAUUCUUUGAUGAGUUCUCGCGACAUGUCGACUGUACUAUCAAGUAACCUGACCCCAUUAUCUAUCAAUGUGGAAAAUCAGAUAGUUCCACAUUGUACGAAUACAGAUGUCAUAUCUUUGCCCGAUCAUCUUAGCCCGGAUACCAGAAAGCAUUUAAUCGGGCCCUUUACCGGCGGUGGCGGGGAUGGAGGUACUCCUAUAGUUUCGCCCACGACGCCCGCGAUGACAUCUUUCGACAGCUUCGACUGGAUCCGCGAUGGAUCCUCGGGCCUGCUUCAAGUGGGAUCAGAUCUACUCGGAGGACUACUGGAUCGAAAUCUGGUGUGAUCUAGCGCGAUGCGAUUUAUGCGGACCUGCCAAAAAAUCAAUUAGGAAAAUUAGAAGCCGGAUUUGUUCAAUAUUCGCUUUUUCGUAACAAGUUUCAGAAGUUUUUUUUUCACUCUUUUUUUGU